CCCACUCCAGCCUUUCUUUAGCUACAAACAUUAAAUCCACCUGAAAAUAUAAAAAUAAAUAUUUUAAACGAAACAGAGAUGUUUUACUAAUAAUAGAAACAGAGAGAUCUUUUAGUUACUACUUAUUACAACCUUAUCCAGAUUAUUUCAAACAGAGCAAUUCCAACAAUGAACUCAUUCUCUGAAAUGUUUGGCUCCGGUUACGAGUCUCCGGCUUCAUCAUCAGGCGGAGAUUAUUGUCCGACGCUGGCGGCGAGUUGUCCCAAGAAACCAGCUGGUCGUAAGAAGUUUCGUGAAACUCGUCACCCAAUUUACAGAGGAGUUCGUCAGAGAAACUCUGGUAAGUGGGUGUGUGAAGUGAGAGAGCCAAACAAGAAAUCUAGGAUUUGGCUAGGAACAUUCCAAACCGCCGAGAUGGCAGCUCGUGCUCACGACGUCGCUGCCAUAGCCCUCCGUGGCCGAUCCGCCUGUCUUAAUUUCGCCGACUCGGCUUGGCGGCUCCGAAUCCCGGAGUCUACCUGCGCCAAGGAAAUCCAGAAGGCGGCGUCUGAAGCUGCGUUGGCUUUUCAAAAUGAGAGUGAUACCACGACGACUGAUCAUGGCCUUGACAUGGAGGAGACGUUGGUGGAAGCUGUAGUAACGGCAGAACAGAGCGAAGCGUUUUAUAUGGACGAGGAGGCAAUGUUCGGGAUGCCGAGUUUCUUGGCUAAUAUGGCUGAAGGUAUGCUUUUGCCACCUCCGUCCGUACAAUGGAAUAACAAUUAUGACGGCGAGGGAGAUGCUGACAUGUCUCUAUGGAGUUAUUAAAAAUUCGAUGUUCAUUUCCAGUUUGUGCUAUAAUCUUUUUAAAAUCUUGAAAUCCUUUUUUUAGAAUGGAUCCUCUGCUUCUGUUUUUUUUUUUUGGUAAGUAACGUAUUGUGUGACUUGUGUGAGACACGAGUGUAAAUAAUUCAAUACAAAUAAAUCGUUUUCUA